GGCAGGGGUUUCCUCUAGACAUUCAACUAGUGAGGAUAUGACAGGCUUUCUCUAUAUUUAGGAAGCAGCGGAGAAGCAAUGUAUCCUUAAAAUGGACUCGUUAAGAUAGUGAAGUUAAAGAAAAGUUCAGAUUACCACAAAGAGGGCCUCGAUUCCAUAACCUGGAGGUGCAUUCCUGUCUUUUGAGCCAUUUUAUACUGGAUAAAGACUACUAUCACAUCUUUUAUCUUUUAAAAGAUCAACCCAAAGUCUUCUAAAUGCACAGGCACAAUUCCAGAACCAUGGAAAUGACCAGAACUGAGGGGUCAUUGUCUAUGAACGUCACUUCAACUUUAACUCCACCACUCACCACUAACAGUUCUCCACCCAUCCGUGAACCAUACCUGCACAGACUGGCCCACUUGGAUGAGGGACUCUAUAAUGAUUUCUAUUUCCUGUGGAUUGCCCUGGUAGUCAUCAACACCCUGAUCUUUAUGGUGGGAAUGGCUCUCAACAGCUUGGCCUUGUAUGUUUUCUGUUACCGUACGAAACCCAAGACCACGUCUGUGAUUUACACCAUUAACCUGGCCGUCACGGAUCUGCUGGUCAACCUGUCCCUCCCGACCCGCAUCAUACUGUAUUAUAGUGGGGGCAAGUGCCUUAACUGCUCCUAUGUGCACAUUUUCAGCUACUUUGUCAACAUGUACUGCAGCAUCCUCUUCCUCACCAGCAUCUGUGUAGACCGUUAUCUGGCCAUAGUGCAGGUGGAGGCCUCGCGAAAAUGGCGCAACCCCAAUGUAGCUAAAGUGGUAUGCGUGUGCAUCUGGCUCUUUGCCAUCAUCGUCACAUACUCCUUCCUCACCACAGCCCUGAAGCACUCGGCCUGCUGUGUGUCCAAGCUCUUCGCUCUCAGCGUGUUUGAAUUCUUCGUGCCAAUGGUGAUCAUUGUGGUGUUCACAGUCAGGAUCAUGUGCGCACUGUCCAGCCCAGGUCUGAUGCAGCAGAGCAGAGACAGACGAAUGAAGGCUGUGCAGCUUCUCACAACAGUACUGGUUAUCUUCACCAUCUGUUUCACACCAUUUCACGUUCGGCAAGUCCUGGUCUACUUCCACCCAGACCUACCAAACCAUGUAAUCGUCUACCAUGUGACUGUCACCCUCAGCAGUCUCAACAGCUGCCUUGAUCCUGUGGUCUACUGCUUCGUCACCACCAACUUCCAGUCUACCAUGAAGAGGUUCUUCCGGAAGGCAGAAGCAGAGCAGACCAGUGGAGACAUAAUCAGCAUGCAGAAAAGCUCCAAAGGAUCCGGCACUGUUUUUGCCAUUGCUAAUAGCAUGAUAAUGGCAAACAUGAAUACUCCUCAACAUGGAGGCCUUCCAGGAUGAGGCUGUACAGUAUGGACUGAAUGAAUGAAUCUACUAAAUUAAUGUAAUGCCCAUUUUAAAAGGGAUCUGAUGGACUGAAUGAUGGGACAAAUUGCUCUUUCAGUUAAGAGCAAAUGAACUUAUUCUUAUUUUUGUCCUGUAAAUAAUGGAUUGGCCAGAUAUAUAUGGAGAAGAGUGGAUGUGAUUUAUGAUUUGAAAUAUGUGAAAAUUAUUUGUAUUUGAAAGACAGUAGAUGCUCAGUACACCAAGGAUUAUUUAAAAACGAUGCCAAAAUAGCUUCAGCUUUAGUCAGUCAAUGCUUACCAUUUUACCCCAUCAGACAUCUGAGCAUUUGUACUGUAUGCAUAAGUCAUGAUGACAGUUUUAACGUGCCUUGGUAUGGUUUCUGUAAAUAUCUGAAACUGUAAUAGAGAUCUGAAACAGCAUUCCAGGAACAAAAAGAUGUUCUGCUGUUUUUUUAUGAUGGUGGUGCUGAUAGCUGUCUAAUCUGUGAGUUCACAAUCUCCCAUGAUCCUUCAUGCUCUAUACUUUGGGGAGUGCCAUCUUAAAGGAGACCACUACCAUUAGGACCAAAUAAAAAUUUUCGAAGCACAGGAAAUCAUAUUUCUGUAGAAAUUAAACCCUAAACACAGCUUAAUUAAUGCAGCAUCUCCAAAAUUCUGUCCUACCUAUACAGCUAAACUCAGAUAUUACUAUAGUCACAGUUUCUACUGAAAUGCUAGCCAGCUGAGCUGUCUGUGUGACUGAAGCUCCUGCCAUCUGUGCUGUACCUCAUGCAGCACACCUGCCUGAAAGCAUCUGCACUCAUUAUGUUUCUCUGCUCAUUUAUUCCAUUUUUGUCCUUUAAUUUGUCACAUUACAGAAAACUAGGUUAGAAAAAGAACAUUACUCACAGACAGUGACAACUCAGCACUGGUCAGGAAAUGGGCUCCAGCAUCGACUCAGCAUUUAUCCUCACCCCUUACAAUUCUGGCGUCUGUUUAUUAAAAAAAUACAAACAUGUUACAGUUUGAUUUACUUAAACUCAAAAUAAUAAAUGAAUAUACAGAUGUCUAAGCAGGAUUAUUUGAUCACUGAUAUUUCUUGCUUAUAUUUCUAUUUAUAUUUCUUACUUUUCUGAAUGGAUGUGGUUGUAUUUAGCCACACCCAUUUGAUGUAGCAUAGUGGAUAAAAACACUCAAUCAUGUUUGUAAUAGAGAUGUGCAAGUCUGACACAAAGAUAGGAAAAUAUAUAAAGAACCUUUAACUGAUGCAAAUGAUCUUUAAAAUUUCACACAUCUCUGUGACCAACACUCUUUGUUCUUUAUGAUGUAAAUGUAUUUUUAUUUAUCCAUCCACUAUAAAUUUGGUGGUUUUUCAUUAUUAUUAGAAUUUCUUCAUUGUAGAUUAAUAUUAAAGGCAUCCAAAUGAUAAAGAAAAUAUAUUUUUUUGGUAAACAAAGAAUGUUCAACAAACCAGAAUAUGUUUCAUACUUUAGAUUAUUUAAAAUAGCACCUAUUUCUCUUUCUCAGUCAGUUUUAUGAGGUAGAGCCACCUGAAAUGGCUUUCAGUUAGCAAGUUUGAGACUAUCAGUUGUUAUGUGAAGAGGUAUAGAUGGUAUACAUUGAAAACAGUGAGUUACCAACCUCAGAAACUGUAAGUUAACAGCAUCCCCAAUAAGAGCCACAUAUAUCCUUCAUAUUUUUGUAUUUUGGUUUGUUUAACAUUUUUACGUUUACUACAUGAUUCCUUAUGUGUUCUUUCAUAAUCUGGAUGACUUUAGACUGACUACAAUGUUGGAAAAAACAUUAAAUGAGAAGUACUGUAGAUAUAUUGCAAACGUAAUGUAA